AUGGACUGUAACUGCGUCUCGGAUCUGCUCUUCACCCCACCGGUGCCGGCACUCUGGACUCCGGGCUUUGCCUUCCCGGACUGGGCCUACAAGCCCGAGUCCUCCCCAGGCUCUCGGCAAAUCCAGCUGUGGCAUUUCAUCUUGGAGCUGCUACAAAAGGAAGAAUACCAGGGUGUCAUCGCGUGGCAGGGGGACUACGGCGAGUUCGUCAUCAAGGACCCCGAUGAGGUGGCGCGCCUGUGGGGCAUCCGCAAGUGCAAGCCCCACAUGAACUAUGACAAGCUGAGCCGGGCCCUGCGUUACUACUAUAACAAACGUAUUCUUCACAAGACCAAAGGCAAGAGGUUCACUUACAAGUUCAACUUCAGCAAAGUUGUGCUGGUCAAUUACCCGCUGCUGGACAUGGCUGCAGCCCCUCUGCUGCUCGCUCCAGGGCCCUUUGGAGGGGCAGCGGGGCCCGACGGCCCUCCCCUUACUCCUGAGACGCUACAGACCCUGUUCUCCACCCCGCGCCUGGACCCAGGAAGCAGGACGCCCCUGUUUGCCCAACACUUGUCUGCCCCAGACACAGACAAACUCCGGCUGGAUGGGCCAUUUCCCUUCCUGGGCUCCGGUACUGCUGGCUAUUCGAAACCCCCUGCCCUCCUGAGCCCCUACGGCCGCACCUUUCCCGAGUAUCCCUGGAACUUUAACCCCUACCUGGCGAGCCCCUUCCCCAAGCUGCCUGCCUCCCUAUAUCCUCCGCAUUUCUACCCCAACCCCUUGGCGGGAUCCUUGGGCCAGCUGCCCACAGGGCCUGGGGGAGGGGGCCCUGCCACAACACCCCUCCAGGCCGGCCCCAUUGGUGAUGGACCUGGAUCCCAGCGCACAAGCUUGGCCCCAGGUGCCCGUCUCACUCUGCCUGGGACAGGGGUCCCCGAGGUUCCCUCUCUGGGGCCCAAAGAGGAAAGCGACUCUGAGCUGGAGGUGACUGAUGUCAGUGGCUGCAGCUCGGACAGUGAGGGUGAUGAUGGUGCUCCAGGGCCCCCUGAGAGUCAGGGGAGCCGAGGUGGGGCCGGGAGCUGA